AUGGAACGAGUUGAACGUUUAUCGCUCGUUCUUCACAUUCUUAAAAUAUGUUCUCGUCGGUUAUUUAAUAUGCUUGGAAAUAUUGAAUCAUUUGGUACUCUUGAUGAUAAAUUCAAAAUAAUUUGUACAGAACAAGAAUUAAAUGAAGAUGAUCAUUUAAUUGAUUAUGAUACUUGUUUUCGAGCUUCAUUAUUAACAAAAUUUUAUCUUAAUCAAAUUAAAAUAUUAGCUGGCUAUGAUCCAAUAACCGAUCAUAUUUUAUUGAAUAAAAAAUAUAGUAUGAAUGUACCAGAAAAUGAAGUAAUGCAUAUAAAGAAAUAUAUUGAAAAUCAUCCAUCUGAUCGACUUCUUUUAUCAUCACUACCAGCAAAUCUAAAAAGAAAAAUAAGUAAAGAUCAAUAUUUAUUGAUACUUCGACAAAUGGAGGACGAAGGAAAAGGUAAAAUAGAAGAAACAAACAAUACGACAGGUCCAAAAGCAAUCGUAUUUACAAAAAAGAGAAAAAUUGAACAUCCACCAAAUACAUCUUCAUCAACAACACAUCAACAUACAAAUGAAACUAUAUUAAUACCUUCUGGACAAACAGAUGAACCUUCAUCAACAAAUCAAUCUUCUUCUUCUUGA